UCAAAAGUUUACGUUUCCAUAUUUACUUCUUUCAAUGAGUACUUUUGCUUCAUCUCUCUGAUUACUCCAAAACCGAAGCAGCAGACUUCCCGUGGCCUUCACGUUACAUGUUGUUGCAGAUUAAUCAGAAGAAAAAAUGGAUCCAAUUGCUACGGUGAAAGAUGGAUUCAACCAAGUUGCUAAGAGACAAAAGCAUUACCACACCAUUUCCCAAGCCGUCACCGACGGAGCUUUUGAAGGAUUCGUAGAGUCACUGGUUCAGAUCCUAACCAAGAACGACCCCAAAACGGUUCUCACCGAGCUGAAGCUCAAGCUCGACUCUCUUUUACCGAUCAACCAUCUCCAAGAAUCACAAAAGGAAACGAACACUAGUCUCACCAAGUUCGAGAAAGUUCUCGGAAAAUCUGAUAUGUUUCCAGCCUCCAGAAGCAUUGAUUUGGAUCACCAGCUAGUGGAUAAGAUGCUUGUUGAGUACUUUUACCGACAAGGGUUGUUCGAAGUUGGAGAGCUUCUUAUUAAAGAAGCUGAAGUAGAAGUAGAUGAUCAACUAAGUGAGGCUAUAGCUAGGUCUCUCGAGAUCCGCCGAGUAACCGAGCCGCUGAAGGAGAAAGACACUGAGCCUGCGAUGAGAUGGAUCUCUGAGAACAGAGAAAAUCUGAAGGAAGAAGCUUCAAAACUGGAGAUGGAACUCGUAAGUCUAAAGUACUGGGAGAUGUUAAGACAAAGGAAACGUUCAGAGGCUUUAAGGUUUGCAAGAGCUCAUUUCCCAAAGUUCGCUUCACUCCACAGUGUAAAGAUACGUAAGCUUAUAGUCGCUCUCUUAUGGGUUAGAGAUCUUGAGAACUAUCCUCACUCAGAGGAGCUGUUUCCAUUGGGUUGGGACAAGGCAAGCAGAGAGCUGACCAAGCAAUACUACAAUCUCCAUGGCCAACCAUCUAGUUCUUUGUUGGCAGUGGCGUUAUCAGCUGGUGUAGAGAGCUUACCGAGGCUUUUGAAGCUGGUCCGUGUGAUGGGUUUGGAGAAUGAAGAGUGGGGAGAGAUGAAACAGCUUCCGGUUGAUCUUGAGUUGGGUGAUGAGUUUCGGUUUCACUCGGUUUUUGUAUGUCCGGUUAGUAGAGAGCAGAGUGAUGAAUACAACCCGCCGAUGAUGAUGCCUUGUCGUCAUGUUCUUUGCAAGGAAACGAUCUUGAGACUCUGCAAGUGCUGUAGUACUCGUAGAUUCAAAUGCCCUUAUUGUCCUGCAUACACCACAGCUGCUGCAUGCAGACAGUUAUACAUUUGAGAGAGAGUUUGGUCUUGUGUCAGCUCAAUAAGUUAUAAGUGACAAAUACAUUUGUUUUCUACUUAGAAAGCUUUCUUUCUUCUUUAGUCUCUAGUGAAACUAGUUCACAAGAUAUGGAUUGUGUAUCUUGGUAGCUAAGUUAGGGCAAUAAUUGGUUUUUUUAUCA